CGCCAUUUCCGGGUGGUUGUUAGUGACGCUCUCCAGCGGUCGUCAGGGCGGUCUGAGAAGGGUGCAGGACUUGAUUAUUGCUGGCGAGUCAGGGCCCUGCUAGAUCAGCUACGAAGGUGGGAGACUGGUAUGCUUUGUAUAUUUUGGAAAAAACUGCUGAAGAUACCAAAGAAAGGGCAGCUCUUCUACUGACAAACAUAAGGAAAUAAUUUACCACCUACUUAGGAUUAGAAGACCAGCUCAUUCUCAGAGUCUUCUAAAACAAAAUUAGAAUGGAUUGGGGAGAUGAAUAUUCCCAUAAUUCUUUUGAUCUACAUUGUUUGUUAAAUUCAUUGCCUGGAGAGUUGGAGUUUAAGCAGAUCUUCAGUGACAUUGAUGAAAAGAUAGAACAAAAUGCUACAAGCAUAGAACAUUGCAUUAAAGAAAUACAGUCUGAAGUUAACAAACAAUGUCCAGAUGUGCAGCUACAAACAACAACUGACUGUUUUGAAUGGCUAAAUAAUUAUAAUUGUGAUUCACUCAAGUCACCUUCCAUUCCCCAUGGAGAUUUGAUAAAGUUUCUCAAAACACUGCAAGAUUUGUUGAAGAACGAACAAAAUCAAGAAGAAAUGGUAUUGGAUCUACUUUGGGACAUCUCCUGCCAGAGCAGUGUUUCACUCCCAUCAACUCUAAGUGGAACAUCUUUCCAUUUCCUCUCUAGGACUUCUCUUCAUUCUGUUGAAGAUCAUUCCUCUAUGGAUAUAAAGUCUAUAUGGGAUGAUAUAAGACUACAUCUCCGACGUUUCUUAGUGAGCAGAUUACAAAGCCACAAUGAAAUAAACAAUUCACAGCAAAAAAUUUUGUUGAAAAAUCAGUGCAUACAGCAACUCUUGUUUCUUUAUCCAGAAUCAGAAGUUACAAUCAAGUACCAAAACAUACAGAGUAAACUGUUGGCAAAACUCCUGCAGAACUGUUUUUCUUCUUACAGCAGAGAAUCAAAUUUAGACAUAAUGGCUGAUGGAUACCAAGGUACAAUGCUUAAGUUAUACUCAAUGAUAAAAGAGGAUUUUAACACACUACAUGAAAUUUUAGCUCCGUCCUCAACAGUGAAAUUCAUUAAAGAAACUUACCUGGAUACUUUAACAGAAGAAAUGGCAAAAUUUCUUGAAAAUUUUUGUGAGCCGCAGUUCAAAGAAAGUGCUGUCCGUGUGAUUAAAACAAGCAAGAGCUCCAGCAGGCAUAGAGGAGCAGUGCAUGCUUUGGUUAUCCCUGAAUGCCUACAGAAAGGAAGAAACUUUUUACUCUCCUUAGAUGAACUCAAGUUCUUAUCACAGCUCAUAAAACCCUUCUUGAAUCUGGAAAAAAACGUUCAGGAAAUGUUUGAAGAAAUGUUUUUAUCACUUAAGAUACCCAGGAAUGUUUCAGGAAUUUUGGAGACAUCCAAUAGAGAGGCUGUAAUAGCGAAACCUAGAACAAGCGAAGCAAUUAUUCCUUCAGAGCAAUUGCUACCAGCAAAAGAGGCUACUUUAUUAGAUUUUGGCUGGAGAAAUGCAUUUAAAGAAGUGUCUCUUCCCAUGGCACACUGUAUAACAACAGCAAUUGAAGAUUUUUCCACAAAAAUUCUCCAACAGGAACAGAAGGAAAGGUCUUCAGCUAUGAGCUAUGCUUUGAACCUUGUAAAUGUCCAGCAAGUUUGGCAAGAUAGCCACACGGUUUCUGAGGCAGACCAACCAAAGAAAAUUGCCAAGUUUUGUUUUGACAUCAUGGAAAAACUUGACACAAUGCUUCCACUGGCUCUGGCAUGCAGAGAAGAUUCUUUUCAGGAAAUUAGAGCAAACUUUGUGGAUGCCUGUUGUAAAGUAGCAACAGCUGUUCUGGCGAGACUGCAAGAGAGAGGCAAAGAGGUUCCUUCCAAAGCACCCCUGCAAAACUUGCACACGCUGCUCUCCACGGCGGUAUAUGUCUUCCAGCAUUUUAUGCAAUAUGAUAAUUUGAUGAAAGAAAAUACUAAGAAACCCAUAUUCCUGGUGCCUGUCCAACGAUAUCAGGAAUUCAUCAACACUCUACAGUUUCAGGUUACGGACUACUGCGUCAGAGUUUGUGCUACAAGCAUUUUACAGGAUGCUGAGAGCCACCACUGGGAUGACUACAAAGCUUUUUAUGAGGGGGAAAGAUGCUCCUUCUCGCUCCAGAUGUGGCAUUAUUUCUUCUGGGCUCUUCAUCAUGAUCUCUGGACCAUUCUGCCCCCUAAGUUAGCCCAGGAGAUUUUAGCGGAAGUGCUGGAGAAAUCUUUGGGUCUCCUGGCCUCCAGAUAUGCUCGGGCCCAUCCCAGUUAUAAGAGAACUCCACAAAUAAGACUUGAUGUCACAACAAUUUUAAUAUGUACUGAGAAUAUUUUAUGGUCGGUUUGUCCAUCUGUACAGAAGCUUUUGAAUCCUCAUGAGUAUAUAGAUGAUAAAAUUUUUAAAAUUCAUACCCAUUGUAAUAAUCUGUUUACAACACUGGUCAUUGUGACUGCACCAUUAACUGAAUUAUACCAGACUUUUCAGCAUGGCCUGGAUGAUUCUGCUUCAGAUUCCUUAAAACCAUCUUUCAAGCAACCAUUCCAUUGGCUUUCUUGCAUAUCACAUUUCUACCCUUCUUUACUCAGGACCCCAUCAGCUGGACAACUGACAGCCCAGAGUCAAUUGAAACUGCUCUUAUCCCAGCCAGGUUGUAAUUGGAACCUGCUUCUGGAAACCUUGCUGCAUCAUGAUGGUCUUUUACUGAGAAUCUUGCUAAGGAGCUCAAAACACACUCUUCAAGAACAAGGUUCUGAUACAGAAAAUAAUCUGAACCAAGGAUCCAGCUUGAUAGAAGCCAUCUUUAAAGUACUCUACCAUUGCAAUUUUUCUCCACAAACAUUUGGAAAUGUUUUUGUCAGCUACAUGGAAGAAGAACAAUUAUGGGACUUUUUAUAUAACAUUCCAGUCUCAGCGUGCAUGGAGUCUGAGGUGGAAGUCAUUCGAUGCUUGAGAUUGGCAUUGACCGAUGCCGUCAAGGACAUUGUACAGCAGAUAAUAUCCAUGAUGAGCUCUGGAAGAAACUGUGAGACAAACCUGAACAAGCAUAUAGUUCCUCAACAUCUGUAUGAGAGCAUUCCAAAAGAGUGGAAUUAUAUCCCGAAAGAAACCAAAAGGAAAGAAUCAAGCAAAGGCGUCACAAGGCUUGCUGCUCAGGCAGUAUCUAUUGUAAUCAGCAAGUUACCUACGGUGAUUGCAUGUUUGCCUCCCCCAAUUAAAUACUUCUUUUUUCUCUCUGAGAGGAAAAUGUCAAAAAACUUUGUUGAAUUGAAGAAAGCUGGCCUGCUUGUCUGGAACUUGAUUGUAAUUAUAUGUCGGAUAUUUGAGGAUGGAAACACAGUGGAACUUUUAACAGGUGCCUCCCUUGACAGAUGGAGUAAAGAGAAACUCAGUUUAAUCUGUGUGUGUUUGGAAAGCAUCAUGGGAGAGCAGACAAAUAACCCCAAUCAAAUGACCCAAAAGGUCAUACAGAGCAUUGAGCAGCAAAAACCCAACUGGAUUGAAUGCCAGUUGUCGAAAGCAAGCAAAUUGAGCACCGAAUGCGCAUUUAUGACUAUAGAGAAAAGCACAGCCUUAGAAGAAGGAGAUAUUGCUCUUGAACUGACUGAGCAGAAAAUAAACAUGAUGGUCCUGGAUAUCUGCCACAAACCAGGUGGCAGCGAGUACCUGAGGCAAAUUUAUCACAUCAUGCGGCUCAAUGAGGAAUAUUUAAAAGAACAGCUGUUUUCUAUAAAUGGUUCCGAGGAAAAGCCAUUACCCAUCCGACCUUUAAAAAUGACCUUGAGUGUGGAAGAUCAGUCCUCUGCCUUUAACCCUUUCCAUGUGUACAAGGUGUUUAGUGAAAACAUGCUGGAUCAGUCAGCCAUCACAAAAUGGAACUGGAAUUGGUCAAACUUGCUGCCAAAUUAUAUAGGAUUGGAUAAGAUGACCUUCAGUGUACUGCUAAAAAACAGGUGGGAAAUGAGGAAGGAUGAAAGACUAGAAGAAGAAGAAAAAACAAUGCUGGAACAUUUAAAACAAAUGUGCACCAUCCAGAACUCUUCUGCAUCAGAUAACACAGAGGAGGAGUUAUCUGCAGAAAACAGCAACAGCUUUAUUUUAGGAAAUAAUCACAUGUAAUGGAGUCAGACUUUUAUGCUAGUCAGAGUGAACCUCAGAUGUGCUAUGAAACAUGAAACCAAUGACUUAGUAAUCUCUGAACUGAAAAGUACAGCACAUAAAGAAUAAGUGCUAUGUAUUUUUAUUUUAAAAAUAAUUUCAAAUGUUCUUUUCUAUCUUUUUCUUAAUAUGAUAUAACUGCUGCCAUCUCGUGUUCCCUUUGAAUUAUUUUCUUUCAGUCUUUAUGUAUCUAUGACAACAGGCAAAAUGUUUGGAAAUCUUUUCCCUAAGGAUUUUUAAAUAUUAACAUUUGGAUGCUAAGUUGGAGCCACAAAGCCCCUGAGGGUCAUCUGAAAAUUUCAAAUUAAUUUUGUAGCCAUAGGCCAAAUCCAGGUCUUAACUGCCUUUAAUACCCACCUCUGUAUUAGUUUGCUUCACCAUAGCUGCUUCCUCAUCUAGUUUAUUUUACUCAGAGCCACAAAAAGCACUCUCUUGAAGUAUAACUUUAGUAAGAUCUAUGCCUGUAGUGGUUUUUCAAACAUCAGAUUCAAACUUUCAAUCAUAUGCUUUCAGAACUUUUACCCAAUAAUGCCAUGUUUGGGCAACUGCCUAUUAUCCUUUUGGCUCAAGCCAUACACUUGCUCUUUUUCCCAAACAGAAACCAUCUUUCUCCCAAAAUCAAGUUCAAAACUUACUCUAGCAAUCUCAUUAUCCAUAUUUCCUUAGUAUCUAUAACUUCUCUUAUUUCCAUUACAUUGAUAUAUAUAUACACACAAACAAAGGAAACGCAAUGUGUUCUAGGGCUUUCUAUGUCAAGUGAAGUUGUAUUUACUAUAUCCUUCCUAACAGUACUUGCCAUUAGAUUAUAAAGAACUGGAAGGCCUUAAAAUAUAAUUUGAAGUCUCCGUUUAUAACAAUAGUCUCCCCAAACACCUACUAGAGAGUUACUUACCUAGUGGGCAGUUAACAGACACAGCCAUUUAAAUGGCUGUCAUUGUAAGAAGACAGCAAAGACAAUUAGAUCUUUGAUCAAUCUACAGGAUAUCUGGGAGAAACCUUCUAUCAUGACCAUAUGAUAUUGAAUAUUAUAGUUUCUGAUGUUCUCUGGUUAUUCAUGUUCCCACAUUCUGUUAUUUUUAUAAAGUAUGUAUAGGCUAUAUGAUUUCCAAAGGAAAGUACUUAGGUAUUUUUCAGAGUAAAUCUUGGAGUGCAGAGGCCACCUUAGAAAAUAUCUUGCAUUAUUUCUUCACAUAAAAACAUAAAUGGCUAUGUAGCUGGCUGCCUGCCAAAUAACACAUUUUAUUUUUAAAGAAUGUACUUUAGUUGGCAAGUAUAAUCAUAAGCCAAAUGAUUUAAGACACGGUUGAAAUAAUUUCCAAAAAUUAUGCAGAUCAUCUGAAAAAAGGUAAUAAAUUGAGAAUUAGAUUUCCAUAUAAUAUUACUUAUAAUCAAUUACUAUAAUAACCAACAUAAGGCAACAUUUGACUUUAUUCCUUCAUUUAGUGAUGGUCUAUGUACUAAAUCUGCAUAACUAUAUUUUAUUAGAAUACACGCUAAAAUAGAAAAUUAAAAAAUUGGCCCCAAAACUAAAUGAAAUAAUCUUAUAAAAUUAUAGGAUUUCCCUUUGGGGUUUUUUUGUUUUCUAAUAUUUCUGAAGAAUAUCUGUUAAUACUAUUUUUUAAUUGCAUCUAUAUAUUUUGGUAUUAAUCCUGGAAAGUGAUUUAGUUCUUCUAAAAUUAUUUUUUUUCUGUGGCUACCUUCUGAAAGGAAAAAAGCAUAGUAAGGGGGGAAUGAGAUGAGUUGAAAAGAGAGAGAAAUAGAAAAGAGAGAAGAGCUUGUACUUGAUUUCUCUUCUAUACUUGCUCUAUGAAGCCAUCAGCAGUGCAAUGAAAUUUAUAAUGGGGAAUGCUAUAUGACAAGUCAUUGAUUUAUCACAUCAUUUUGACACUAUACUCAAUAUGUUUCUUAAAGUAUCCUUUCUGACAUUUAUUUUUGUAAAAGUUAACAACAGGAAUGAAGACAUAUAAUUCUGGAUAUGCUUAUUAAAAAUAUCUUCUGUGUUUUACUUAA